AUGCUGCGGAAUCUGCUGGGUUUCCGUCAGAUUGACCAAAGGACCAUCAGCUCUGCUUCAUGCAGCCAUUUUGAAAAGAAAGUUCCAGAGAAACAAAAGCUGUUUCAGGAGGAUAACGGAAUUCCAGUGCAUCUAAAAGGUGGGGUAGCUGACGCCCUGCUGAAUAGAGCCGCCGUGAUGCUCACAGUUGGUGGGAUGGCAGAUCCUGUGUAUCAGUUGGCUAUUGCCUCACUUCCCAAGAAGCAGGACUGUUUACAGUCAUCUCAGCAAUCAUUAGGUUCAGUUUAA